GCCUUAAGCCAGCGCCUGCCAGCAGGCAAGGCUCACUGUGCGGCUGCAGCCAUGGCUCACAUCGCCAAGUCCUUCUACGACCUGAGCGCCACCGACAUCCAUGGGGAGAAGGUGGAUUUCAACAACUUCCGGGGCCGGGUGGUUUUGAUUGAGAACGUGGCAUCCCUCUGAGGCACGACGGUGCGGGAUUACACCCAGCUCAACCAGCUGCAGGCCCGGUACCCACGGCGGCUGGUCGUGCUGGGCUUCCCUUGCAACCAGUUUGGCUACCAGGAGAAUUGCACCAAUGAGGAGAUCCUCAACAGCCUGAAAUACGUGCGGCCCGGGGCCGGCUUCGAGCCCAACUUCACCCUCUUCCAGAAAUGCCAGGUGAAUGGGCCAGAUGUGCACCCCGUCUUCGCCUACCUGAAGGCCCACCUGCCCACCCCGGCCGACGAGCCCUCCGCCUUGAUGGGCGACCCCAAGUUCGUCGUGUGGAGCCCCGUGCGCCGCGACGACCUCUCCUGGAACUUCGAGAAGUUCCUGGUGGGGCCCGAGGGGGAGCCCUUCAAACGCUACAGCCCCAAGUUCCAGACCAUUGCCAUCGAGCCCGACAUCCAGCGCCUCCUCAAGCUAACCAAAUAGGGGGGCAGUAAUGGGAGUCCGGCUGCAGCGCCCCCUGCUGGAGGGGCACGGCGUCAGCGCUUUACCGGGUGACGGCCCCCUUCUAAACCACACGGGAGGGGGCCCGAAGGGGGUAAAGGCACUGAAUGCUCGACCCUCUGGGCACCGGGCACCGCCUGGGGCCAAUAAACAAGCCUGAAGGGA